UGUAGAGUAGUCACGUGGAGACGGCUCUGUCCAAACAGAAGGUGAGCUGCUGCUAGCUGCUCCGCGCGGUGUUAAACUGAUCCAUGCUGUUUUUGUAGCCACCCGUCUAUUUAACCCAGACUACUCAAGCGAAGAAUGAGCGAUAACGAUGACAUCGAAGUCGAUAGUGACGAAGAAUCACCGAGAUAUCACUCUGUGGCAGACAAACGGGCACACCAUAAUGCACUGGAGCGAAAACGUAGGGACCACAUCAAAGACAGCUUUCACAGCCUACGGGACUCAGUACCCUCCCUGCAGGGAGAAAAGAGCUGGAGGUCUUCAGAUCAAGAUCUUCUUAAUGACCGAAAACAUCAGUCUACCAAACAGGCGUCUCGAGCUCAAAUCCUAGACAAAGCCACAGAGUACAUCCAGUACAUGAGGCGAAAAAACCACACGCACCAGCAGGACAUCGACGACCUGAAGAGGCAGAACGCUCUGCUGGAGCAGCAAGUCCGUGCUCUGGAGAAGGUAAAAGGCUCCACGCAGCUCCAGACCAGCUACUCCUCACCUGACAGCAGCCUUUACACAAACCCAAAAGGCAGCGCCGUGUCGGCAUUCGACGGCGGCUCCGACUCCAGCUCCGAGUCGGAGGUGGAGGAGCCGCCCACCAGGAAGAAGCUGCGAGUAGAAGCCAGCUAGAGUCAAUAAGCUGAAAACUGGCUAAGGACGGGGUGGCGGGGCACAGGGGACGGGUGAGAGGAAUUAAAGCCUUCGCAGCUCUCCGAUAAGCCCCUCUCCCUCUUUGUGCAUCAACUCACCCCCCUCAGCUCCCCUCGUCGCUCUCUCUCCUCCAUCUCUUGUCGGGCUGGUGCUUGAGAAUCUCCCACCGCCAUCGUUUGUCCUUCCAGCAGUGAAGGAGCAAGAGGACGACUACUUCAGACCAUCUAGAGAGCUUCAGGUUUCCCAAACUUUACCCAUCCAUGUUUCUUAGUUUUUUCUCCUAUCAUGGGUUCCCCAUCCCGACCUUUUUCUCAGCAACAACAAUCCAAAACUCAAAAAAAAAGGCAGCUUGGCAACUCAAGGACUUGAUGCUUUUUGUACCUGACAGAAAGCCCCUCCCCUUCUCUUCAAAAUGGGGCAAGAGGGGGAGCCAGGUGUACUCCUCCAAGCACUGCUUUAUUGUAUUUGUUUUAUUUUUAUGCUUGAUUAUUGAAGAAUGAAAUUAAUGUUUAAGUUACUACACACACCUAGAACUGUCCAAAAAAGCAAAAAAAUCCUCCCUUUUGAAAAUGUAAAAAGAUUUAUAACUUUUUUUUUUCACUCAAGAAUGUGAAGAUGCUUUGAGCAAAUAUUAGCGAUCUCCCACCUCAGGCCCACUGAAUUGCAGACGUUUUCUGCCUGUCACCUUUAACACAAAUGACAUAUAUCUAUAAAAAAAAAAGUCCUUUUGUUGAAAUUGAUGUUUUAAAGGAGAAUAUUCCUGAACUUUGUAUCGUAUUUUGUCCUUUUAGCUUGAAGUAGUGAAUGACUUUAGGUGGCUGGAUACGUUAGGCAUCUCAUUUAUAUAUUAUUCAAAGCAUUGAUUGGAUGUUUUCAAAACAUUUAUGCAUUUUCUGUAACGACACAAGUCAUGGAGAAAAGCCCAAUUUGUCGCACGUAGUCUUGUUAAAGGGUAUAAACUAGGUUAUUGAAUGUCCAAGGUAGCGUCUGAGGCCAGGCGGCUCCCUGUCGACGUGUUGUGCUUCACACAGUAAAAACUUAAUGUUGCUUAUCCCCCCCCCCUCUCUCCGAGGAAAAAUAAAUCUCUAGGAGACGUGUGUAUGUAUAUUGUUUCCAUUUUAUUUCCACUUAGGAGGAUGUAAUUAGUGUGGUAGGUCUUUGUCUGAUUCCAUUCCAUGGAAAUUACAAGUAUGUUGUACAUACUGCCAACAAUUGUCUUGCAAGUUGAGGCCUACCUUUACUAUGAAACUAUAAAAUAAACUAUUUUAUCCUUUA